AACGAAGAGACCCAGUUUCUUCAAGUGAGGACCAUUGCCGGGCUACAAGUCUGACAUCGUCCGACAAAAUUAGUCAGGAUGUCGAGGACCGUCUUGGCUGCUUUCGCUCUUGUGCUGAUGACAGCAUACACAGAUGCUUCCUUCCCUGAAAGCGCCAUUGAAAACCUGAGGAAGCUCCUGACUGACCAGUUCAGUACCGACCGGCACCACAUAACCAAUCCUGGCGGGAAAAGGGCUGCGCUGGGUUUUCUCAACCAGACUUUCCGGAGUUACGGACUACAGACGUGGAUAUAUGACUUCCCCUCAGAGAACUCACAGUACCCAGGUACAAACAUCGUUGCCAUGUGGCCGGGAAGAAACACGGGAACAGCACUGGACCGGCCCGUCGUGCUGACGGCUAGCGUGGACACUGGCAAUGACAAGCCGGGGAGAGACGACAACGGAUCGGGCAUGGCUGCCGUGGUAGAGUCCGCUCGUCUCAUCUCCUCCCAGACGUGCGUGCAGGACCAUACAAUCUUCUUUGGUGUCUUCGACUUUGAGGAAAGGUCAGACAGUGCGUGUGUAAAUGGGGCCUGUGGAAGUAUGGAGUUCGUCAAAAACAUUAUGCAGCCAUACGUAUCAGCGUAUGGUGGAGAGGUUUCAAAGUAUGGAGGCAUCAUCGUCUUGGACGCUGUUCUAAACUACAACAACACGGAGAUGGCUCAAAGUCUACUGAACGAGACUGUGUUUAAAGAGACACCUGGCAUGGCUGACGUCUAUAAUCACAUCAAGGCAGACAAUUACAGAGGGAACUUUAUCUCAGCUAUCUACAGACCGGCCGCGGAUUCUGCUCUGCAUGACGCCUUCAACAAGAAGUGGAGCGAGUCGGUCGAUGCUCUUCAAAUCAGAGUUGAGUCCCCGAUCAUACCACACAAGAACAUCACGUCCAUUAUUGAGAAGCAGAGCAGUCCGUUUUGGCAAGUGUACCAGCAGCUCAUAUUGCAUGACGUGUACAGCUUCUGGAAGAUGGUGGAAGACAUGCCGGCCAUAUUCGUGACAGACACAGGAUUUGCGCGCGGCAGAGAAAAGGACUACUUCCAGUGCGGACCUGACGACAAUAUGCAGUUGACCGGAGAUAGGCUCCUGUUUCUGAAGAAGAUAACAGAUGUCUCCACGGCUGUUCUAAGGGACAAGGCAGGAACAAGAGAAGAGUGUCGAGAUCCAACCACUGAAGCGCCAGCCAACUUCGAAGGUGGCCUUGAACUUCACGGCGAGUUGACCAUGGGGGCAAGUGACAGACGUUCCUAUUCUUUCCUCGUCUCAUCCUUUUCGUCUUCUGGUAUAGUCCACGCGAUGUUGUCCAACUCUACCUGGAGCAAGGCCCUUACAGGUCGGUACGAUGGUGACACUCAUCGUCUACUGCUGCGGCCUAAGGCAGUUGUCGCUAAUGAUGCGUUUGAUACGCUCCUUUGUGGCAUGACAGGAAAUUUGGACAAGCUGUCCGAUGGUGUGCUGUACAGCGGACAGCUGACAGGAAGGUGUGGCAUAUCCGGGUCAGGCCAGGAGCACAUAACCUUCGUGCUCUAUAGCGAACAAGGUGCAUUAGGCGGUGGACCUAGCUUGGCCCUACCAGUCAUCCUCAGUCUGUUAAGUAGUGUUCUUGUCAGCGCGAUGUCCGCAUGGUGCUACUACAAGAGGAAACAUAGUGAUCAAGAAUUGAAGACACCGAUACUGAGUAAGGGACCCCAGUCUGCGUGAAGACGGGUGACUUUCGGCAGAAGCUUCGUGCAGAGACGUCUAUCCUUACAAGACAUACGAUUUGUGCUUGUUUCUUAUUGAUCGGACCUGAAGACUGUGGUCGUUGAAAAUUUGACCGGUUUAUACCUCUGUGUUUGAAGAAAGUUAAGCACUGUGCUACAUAGUAUACAUUUUGUAUUAUGGUGGUACUAUGAUGGUCAAACAAAAUUGUUACCGAUAACGGAGGGAGGGUAAUAAAAUCUCAAUUAUCGUAUCAAAAUAAGACAUAUUUCCAGACAACUUUCGGACGAGAUACAGGUUGUACAUCGUUAGAUACAUGAAUAGUUUUAUUACCUACUUGAAAAAUCACCAGCUACAAACGCAACACAUUAUCCUAAAACAUUGUUUAAUCUGUAAUGUGUCAAUAUUUUUUACGUAAUUCAAUAUGAUGUCCCUGCAAUCUGUGCUUUUCAAUCAACAAACAAAUGUUAUUAUUCGGUGAUUUAGCACAUGAUAAACAAUAGGAAAAUUUGCUGACACUGUACGGAAUCAUAUACCAAGCAAGAGAUAUGUUAAGUUUAAAUGGAUAUCAAUGUGUAAAAAAGAAGACGUCGUGUAAGGUCAAAAAGAAUAUGUUUUGACAGAUCUAUGGUACUGUUGUUCUCUUGAUUCCUUGGUCACCAAACAUGCCCCAAAUGAAGCCCGGUUUAGCACCUAGCCCUUUCGUGACCGAACUAUCUCAACCCUACAAACAUCGAGACAAUCAUCAACCAUAUAUCGUUGCGUCCUUUUUAAUAAAACCUGGAUAAAAACAUCACAUUCCUAAUGCUACAAAAUUAUCUAUGCAAAAUCAUCGUAUUAAACCUAGACACGUAUGCAGACCAUAAAUGGUUUAUGAUGUUAAUAAAAUUUGAUUACGGAG